GUGCAGAUCAAUGAAAUGGGCAGGGAUUCCUCAAGGCCGUCGCGCCUACGUGUUGACCUAAAUCUGGUGUUUUGCAUAACACUGCUGAAACGGGGAAGGGUUAUAAAAAGCAGGGACACUCUGACCAUCCAAGACACACCAUUUUUUUUCUGCACAGAGACGGAAAAGAGGAAAAAAGUCAAGAUGAGACUGUAUCUUGCAGCUGCCGUGCUGUUGCUGGCUCUCGUUGCAUACACAGAGGCUCAGGAUGACUCAUUUGCAGAACGGUUCUCAAACUUUGGGGAUCAGAUCACUGAGUUCAGCAAGAACGUAGCUGAAAAAGCCAAGACCCAUUUUGACACCAUUACAACCAGUGAAUUUGCAGAGAACACCAGGAAUUGGUUCACAGAGCAGUUCCAGAAGAUUAAGAGCAAGGUAAAUGAAAUGGCUCAAUGAACUGGUGGUCCAGUCAAUGACCUGCCCGCUGUUCCCAACGCCCACGCUGACAGAUGACUUGCUUCUACACCAUCUCAAGGCUGAAGUCACGUUGCUCAACAAAAUGGAUGAAACUAACCUAUUUCUGCCAAUUUUUAGCCUGUAAUCUUUCUUUGGGAAAACUGUGUGAAAGUGCAAUAAAAUACAUGGAAUGGCAUAAAAUGUUCUGUUAUAUCAUUAUAUUUCUGUAUAAAUAAAAGGAGAACUUCUAAACAAACAA